AUGAGUGUCCUGCCUCAAACUGUCAUUUCGGCAGAAGAAUGUCCCACUGCUCAGUGCUCCCUAGCAUUUGAUACUACGCAUGUUCAUCCUAGUGAAACAGAGGGUCCGAUGAGUCGAUCCCUUCUCAAUGUUGGUGGAAUUCUUGCCCUAAUUUGGCUAUUGAGAUGCGUAAUUGCAGCCUUCACAGGUCCCCUCCAGCCGGUGGCCCUUGUGAAGGCUGGGCUGCCUGUCGUCUAA